AUGAAGUUUUCUCAUAAUUUAUUUAUAUUUAUAAUUUUUUUACUCACUUAUAAAAAUUAUAAAUAUACAGUUUCAAGUUUUAGGCAUUUAAAUACACAUAACACACACGAUUAUAAUUUAAAAUGUAAUAUAUUAAAAUCGCUUCAAAAGGAUUAUGUUAAUGUUACACCAAUUUCCACUGCAAACACAACUUUGGACAUAAAAAAAGAUUAUAGUUUAAAAAGUGAUUGGAUUCCUUCUAAAUUUAACAAUGAAAAAUCAUCCUCAGCUUAUUUUGAUUGGAAUUUUAAAGAUCUGUUUCCCUCUAGAAGGUAUUCAAAGGGAGGAGUCCUUCUAGAUGUCAAAGAUGCCUCAAUUUGGCUAGGAGAUAGGAUAUUGUUCGAAAAAGUAUCAUUUUCAGUGAACACAGGAGAGUGUGUAGGAAUAGUUGGCAACAAUGGAGUGGGAAAGUCAUCGAUGUUUGACGCAAUAUAUGACCGUUUAUCCGGAGCCAAUUCGGCCAAGGACUCUAUGUCCAUAAGCUUGGAUGUAACAUUUAAUGUAAAGGAUGACAGUAGAGGCGGCGAAGAUUACACACAGAAUUCACACCUGUAUUCAUUUAUUUUAAAGCUGAUGGAAGUUGGACAGGUAACAGCUCAGGAGUUGGCAGAGUUGUACGAGAACUUUGAGGAGUCUGAAUCAAAGGUGUUGCCUAUCUAUAGCCUUUCAGGAGUAGGAUACAUGAGACAGAACUAUACGCUGGACCUGGACCAUAACGCUACAGUCUCGGAACUGAUAUCCAGAGUGUUUGUAACAUACAACUCCUGCAACAAAGCAAUAGAGUAUGUUGAGGCCAAUUUGGAGUAUUUUAAUAGUUUAAUAAGCGUUGAACAAUGUUCGAAGAUCGCAAGUGACAUUUUAUCCCUAUAUAACAGCGAGGGGAAGUUGAUGAGGCAGAGGCUCAAAGAAAUGAACACACUGAUAAGUAAGCUGCUUCCAAUAUUUGGAAUGGAAAGUAUGGUCGAGUCAAGAGUGGGAAGUCUGAGCGGAGGAUUUAAGAUGAGACUGUACCUGUUCCUGCUCCUACUACACUCGCCGAACCUGCUGUUGCUGGACGAACCAACAAAUAACCUGGACACGACGACGGUCAAGUUCCUCAUUGACGUGCUUAACUACCUCAUGAAGAACACAAAGCUGUCAGUUUUGGUGGUCAGCCAUGACACUAGGUUGCUAAACUCGAUUUGCACGUCAAUAUUUCAGAUGACUGGAGACGGAAGUAUAACGCCUUACAGAGGAAACUUUGACGAUUUUGUGCUUAAAGGAACAAGUGAGAAGAAUAUAAGGAACGCACGAAUUGAGAAGCUGAGGAAGAACAUAAAUACGUUGUCGAAGGACAUAGAGGAGUUGAGGGUGAGUCAGAAGGGCUCGAAAAAGGCGCUGAAAGUGACAAUAUCGCAAAAGGAGGAGUUGCUGAAUAAGUACCAGGAGGAGCUGGACGGACUGGUAGGAAGUCCACUGUCCAAGUACACGAAGACGUACAACAGAGUGCUGUUCAAUGACUCGAAUAGUUUUAACGCAAUUUUCCAGAAGAUGCUGAAUAAAAACGCCAUAUUGAACAGAGGGCAGAUGCUGAACAGUUUUGGGCCACUAUUUAAGCUGAUCGACGUGACCCUGGACACAGAGGCAGGUAAAAGAGUCUUUGAAAAGCUUAACCUGACGGUAUAUCCCACGGAUAGAAUAGUGCUACUGGGAGACAAUGGAAUUGGGAAGACGACGCUGCUGAAGCUGCUCUUCAAAUCGCAGGCGAGCUUCAGAGAUAAUCCGAUUCUGAGUAGAAUAAGUAGCAUUGACAGGAAGAUCAUGAACGAAGAUAUCAACAACAACAGGGUGGAGAGGGGGUCAAAAACAUGGGAGCUCUUUGAGAAGAUAAACAAGUACAACAGGGAAACGAUGAACGAUGAGCACUCGGUGUACGAAGCGGGCGACAUCGAGUACAGGAUCCUGGUAAACGAGCCGUUCAACUUUAAGCUGGUGGAGGGGCUCAUGAGUGUGAACCAGGCGAAGCUGUCGUACUACUCGCAGAACUGCUCAAACAUCCUCAACUACAAGAAGACGGUGUACUCGCUGCUGCGGGAGUACGUCGGGGACAGAGUGGACAUGGAGCUGCUGACGGACUACAUGGGCUGCUUCCACCUCAGAGACUACGUCGACUCGCAGGUGUCGGACCUCUCGUUCGGGGAGAGGUCGAGGCUGCUGCUGUCGCUGCUACUCAUCAACAAGUCGCACUUCCUCCUCCUAGACGAGCCCACGAACCACCUCGACCUGUUCAUGAAGAAGGUGCUGAAGCUGGUUGUGAACAGCAUAUACAAGGGCGGGUUCAUGAUAGCCACGCAUGACCUGGACUUCAUAAGGGACCUGAGCACGGUGAACGCCUUUGUGUACAUAUAUUCGAAGGACAGGGUCUUCAAGUUCAGCCAGAGGUUCGGCGAGGAGUACCUCAACUUCAAGAGCGAGUACCCGGACGCUGACAGAGCGAAAACACUGGAGUUCCUGAACCGGCUCUCAAGAGACAAGUCGUUCACCUCGAUCGAUUCGAGCGUGUUUGAGGAGGAACUGAAGACCGUGAAAAGGCAGCCAAGGAAAAAGAAGACACACCCGCCGAGAGAUCCGAACGAUAGAUCGAGGAUUAAAAACAUCAAACGGUGGAAAUGA